AUGUCAAGGCUGUUACGGAGAUUCUUUUCAUCCUAUCAUACACGAUUAUUUGGAUGUGGAUUUAAUGGACAUUAUCAACUCUUUUUGAAUGAUAAUAUUAAUAGGAAUGUAUUUACAGCUUCUGAUGCAAUCUUGUUUUCCGAUCGGGAAGAACGGAUCAAGAUGAUUGAUGCUGGAGAGAAGCAUGCGUUUGUUUUAACCAAUAAGGGAAGACUAUUCGGUAUUGGAUGUAACGAUGUAGGACAGGUUGGAGUUGGAAAUGUCACCUCCUUCUUAGUUAAUAUUCCAGAAGGAUCCACUAGUAAGCAAAUGAUGGAGAAAGUGACUUCGAGUACUCAUAUUGACAUUGAUCACAUAUUGAACCCUCCUGGAACAACAGAAAGAGACUAUAUCACUGUUGUAGCAUGUGGAAGAGAUUUCAGUUUUAUAGCCACCAAGCAAGGAAAGUUGUACAGUUGUGGCUCAAAUUUAUAUGGUAAUUUAGGACUCGAUCUUAGAACAAAAAACAAGACUUAUUUCACAAGAGUUAACUUCCCAAAACAUGCAAAAAUUGCAAACAUUUCAUGUGGAGCUUAUCAUACGAUCAUUCUGACUGAGGACCAUCAUAUUUACGGAAUGGGUCUUAAUAUUUUCGGACAAUUAGGUUUCAAUCCAAAAGAAAUGGAAAAACGAAUCCAACAAGAAAAUUAUUUUCAAUCCAAAGGAGAGCAGCUUGACUUUAGUUAUGUGUCAAAACCCAUUCGACUUGAUUGUUUCGACCAUUUAGCCUAUGAAGGAGACUAUAUAGCAGAAGUAGCUACAGGUGCUUGUCACACUGUUUUUUUAACAAAGAGUGGAAAAGUUUAUGUCUGUGGAUUAAAUAUACAUGGAGAAAUUGGGCUUGGAAAAGAUGUUCGUUGUUCGUACACUCCAGUGAAUCCUAUUUUUUUGCAUCCCAUGCCAUACAUGGAUGACAUACCAGUCGUGAAAUGGAUCUCUGCAGGUCUAGAUCAUACGAUUCUAGUUACCGAGUCUGGAGAGGCUUAUGCAUGCGGAAAAAACGAAGAUGGCCAACUUGGACUUGGAGAUUACAAGAAUCGAUAUGAAUUUAACAUGAUUGAGAAGUUUGAACAAAAGAAUAUUCGAGUUCUGCAGGCCACUUGCGGCAUGUCCCACACGUAUUUUACGACCACGUCCUUAGAUGGUUCGUCCAAACAAGAUUUUUAUGCUACAGGUUGCAAUACAUUUGGCAACUUAGGUUUAGGCCAUUUCUACACGGUCAAUGAACCAAAACUCUUGAGUGGAGUAGCAAAAGCAAAGGAAGGUAUUCGAUGGCAAGUAUUCUGCAGUUCUCAUAGCAACACCACCUAUCUCGUUCAAAUCAAGGAAAAGAGUUUGCUGAAACGGAUAAGGGACAGUUUAUUUAUGGGAGCUUAA